UUUCAAUACUUAAAAAAAACAAAGUUAAUAGUUUUAAAAAUUGAUAAGUGGAGUAAAUUUUAGUGGAAUUGAUAUUUCUUCUGUUUCAAUAUGUCUUCAUCAGCCAAAGACAACUUAAGGAAGGGUUCUACUCAAUUAAGCCAUAUAUGUGAUCUGAAUAUAAAAAAACAAUCUUCGCAUCGUCGACUGGUAUCUGUUAUUGCAACUAUAUCACGGGCAUCGCGUAAUUUCGAAACAAUUUACAAUAUGUUGCUAAAGGGCGUAAAUAUUUUUCGAUUGAACUUUUCUCACGAGUCGCAUGAUUCGCAUACUCAAACUAUUGAGUUAGUUAACAAAAGCAUUCAACGCAUAAAAAAUGAAUUUGGUCAAACGGUUUCUGUAGCCUUUGCUGUAGAUACGCGAGGACCACAAAUUCGAACCGGCUUAUUGGAAGGAGGAAAUGAAAUUCUAUUACGUAAUGGAGAAAAUAUACGUUUAUCCAUUAAUCGAGAUCUAUACGACAAAGGAAGUAAAGAAGCUAUUUACGUGGAUUACCCAAAUAUCAUUAAUGUCGCAAAACCCGAGGAUCGCGUAUUUGUAGAUGAUGGAAAACUUUUUCUAACUAUUCUUGAAGUUGGAGUAGAUGGGCUUGUUUGUGAAGUAAUUCAAGGUGGACUGCUUGGCAAUAAUUGCAAUGUAAUAUUACCAGAAGUAGAGAUCGACUUGCCUGCAGUUUCUGAAAAGGAUAUGGAUGACUUACAGUUUAGUGUCAGGACAAAUAUUGACCUUGUUUUCGCAUCGGGUGUACGAAGUGCUAAGAAUAUUAAAGAAUUACGUUCAGUGCUUGGUGACAAAGGUAAACAUAUUAAGAUCAUAGCAAAAGUCGAUAGCAAGAUUGCACUUAGUCGUGUACCGGAAAUAAUGAGUGCAUCGGAUGGAUUACUUCUAAGUCGCGCUGAUCUUGGAACACAAAUUCCGAUAGAAAAACUAUUUAUAACACAAAAAUCAGUACUUGCUCAAUGUAAUAAGGCUGGAAAACCUGUUAUCAUUGCAUCAAAUGUACUCGAGUCAAUGCGAUUCAAUCCUUUUCCGACACGUGCAGAGUGUUUUGAUCUUGCAAAUGCAGUCAUUGAUGGUGUCGAUUGCAUUAUGUUGUCAUCCGAGGUGGCAAUUGGCUUAUAUCCGAUAGAAACUGUGGCAAUUUGUGAUACACUUUGCCGUGAAGCAGAAAAAGUUGUAUGGUAUCGGGACCUUUUUGACGAUUUAGUUCAUGAAACACAAGGCGAAUUGGAUGCUUCCCAUUCCAUAGCUAUAACUGCCGUUGAAACAGCCAGGCGAACAAAAGCUACGCUUAUCAUUGCACUUACGACAUCGGGACGCUCUGCAGCUCUACUGAGCAAAUUCAGACCACGAUGUCCAGUUCUUGCAGUUACUCGAUGUGAACGGGCAGCCCGCUGGGUUAAUUUACAUCGCGGUGUAUUACCAUUACUUUAUCCGGUAGACUGUGCUGAAAAUUACGCUACCGAUGUUGAUGCACGAGUCCGUUACGCGCUGAACAGUGCUAAAAAAAGCGACUUAAUUAGUGAUGGCGAUCCCAUUGUAAUUGUAAGUGCAUGGAAGGAUGGAGGUGGCUUUACUAACAAUGUUCGGGUUGUCUAUUCGUUCUUUGAGGCUGAUCGCAUGGAUUGCUUAUUUCGGGCUGAUCAAAGCAGCUCUAAUAAGAACACUAUAUUACAAUCAAAACAUGAAAAGUCAAGGGUUUAGUAAAUUAAUUAUAAAUAUUUAGCUCAUAAAUUUUUUAAUCGUUUUGCCAAGGCACACGA